CCAGAUCAGUACCGGCCCAUAUUCUCUGCUUUUGAGAGGGACAAAACGGUCCAGUCGGUGGGUGCUUGAAAGUUGAAAGUCUGAAGCGAAGGCCGAAGGGCACCACCGCACCACGCCAGUAGUACAACCCAGCACACAGCAGCACAAGCAAGCGGAGCAGAGAAAAUGCUGGCGAGGAGGAUGGUUUCGUUGUUCAACAGGAGCUCCUCAGCACCACUCUUUUCCAGGCUGAAUUUGAUGGAGUGUGAUGUGGCUAAUAAGAUGGGGUUUGCACAGUUCGGCGGCGAAGACGGUGGAUGAAGGGAAGAGCACGUCGUCUUUUGGUCGGAAAGCGUUGUCUUUUAUUCUGAUUACCACUACCGGCGGUGUUGCUUUGAGUGCUCUUAAUGAUCUUGUGAUUUAUCAAAGCUGCAGCAGCAAGGCCAUGGAGAAAGCCAGUAAGAAUCCAGCAAUCAUAGAGGCUAUAGGGGAACCUAUUGUGAAGGGCCCAUGGUACAAUGCAUCGCUUGCAGUAGCUCAUAAACGGCAUUCUGUAUCUUGCACAUUUCCUGUGUCUGGACCGCGAGGUGCUGGAGUCUUGGAGGUGAAGGCUGUACGUAAUGGAGAUGACACCUGGCUUUCGUAUCUCAUCCCUCGCGAUUGGGACAUCCUAAUCAUGGAUGCCCUCGUCCAUAUUCCCGGAAAUGAAGAGAAGCAGCGAACGGUGCGAAUUGGUAUUUCCGACAGUGCCCCCAGUCCUGCUUGCACGGCAUGCACCGGUUGUCCCACUCAAGUAUCGGCGAGUCCGAAGAACUGAAGUGAUAAACACAUCGGUAGGCAAGAGUGUUUGCACUUUUGAAUCAUCCAUUUCAUACAAAACUUGGUACGGAAUUGUAAUAGCAGAGAGGCUUCUCACCUGAGUAUUUUGUCCGGUUUUUGUGUUUCAGUUUUUUGCGUGACCGGAGGGAAAGCUUUCGGUUUUUAAUCUUGGGCCGGGUUUUAGAAAGUAGAGCGGUAGAGAAGAGUUGGGCUGUAUUUCCUUGUAAAGCCCAUAAACAUUUCCUUUAGAUUUUUUUCUCUUCUUUCUUUAAUAAGUAACUAGUAUUUGCCUACA